AUGCGGAUCCCAAUUCGCGAACAGCUAGGAUGUCUGGUCUUGCUGGCGUCUAUGAUCGGCUUGGCCGUGAUUGCCAUUGCGACCUGGGUCACCAACCAUAACUUUGUGCUCAGCGUUAGGUCUACGAGACUUGAUCUGACCGCCUCGCUCAAGGCAGCCCAAGUAUCCUCGACCCUGAACCUCAUGCAGAUCAUCGUCGUCCAGGCCUCGAGCCGGCUCUCUCCGCAGUCCGCUCUGCAACGCUACUAUCUGGGGAAUACAUCUGCUGAAAAUUGGGGCCGGACGAACGAAGACUAUGAUGCUAUAUUCACGGGGGACGUGAGGACGCGCAUUGCUAUACAGGCCCGCAUUUACCCUAGAGAUACGUCCGACAAGAUCUUGUUCAGCCGUACUGCCAACACCAUGCUCGAUGUACAAUUGCCCUACAACACUCCCGAUGGACAGCCAGCCAGAUUGGGCGACUCGACCUAUGGCUUCAUUCCCGAGCUAUACCCCAGAUUUGAUGUUCGACCAAUACAGUAUAACUCGUCCUUCAAUGAAUAUGGGGCCGUGUACGAGGGUCGAGCCAUGAACAACUCCAGCUAUCUGUUCUCUGGGCCGUACAGAGUCAAUGACACCCUCAGCCUUGUGUCAAUUACGCUGCCAAUCAUCAACAAUACUUCGAACAUCGAAACCCUGGGCUGGCUCACGGCUGUGCUGGACGCCUCACUUCUGGUCAACGUCGUCAAUCAACUGGAGGGUCUUGGUGAAAGCGGUCUUACAAUGCUGUUUGGACCUCAAAACGAUACUAACCGCUUCCCCACCGGGUACCUCUACGAUGCGCCGAUUCAUGACCCACCGGAAGAUGCCCAGGUGCGCUUCCUAGUUCCUCCAACCGUCAGGAACGACGUGACAAGACAUGGUCAAGAAGACGUUGCCCUUAACCCGCCAUCUUUCGACUGGACCAAAUUCCCGGCCAUCAAGCAAGCUUACACCAAGAGCACAGGAACCACGAACAAUGCUGGAAGCAUCAUUUCCACACACAACGAGGAGGGAGACAAUGUUGCUAUUGGCUACGGUGUCGUAAACAGCUCUAUGGUUGAUUGGGUUGUCAUUGUCGAGCAGAUGCAUGGCGAGGUGUGGGGACCUAUUUACCAUCUGCGCAACGUCAUCAUUGCCUGCGUAUUCGGCACCAUGGGUGCUAUGCUUCUACUCACGUUUCCCAUCGCUCACUACUCUAGUCGGCCGAUUCGACGCCUGCGAGACGCCACAAAGAAGACUGUUGCGCCUCACCUUUUCGAAGACGACAUAAGCCUGAGCUCGGGCAACGAUGGUGCGAAUGAUAGCCCCGACGAAGCACUUGCCCGCAAGGAGGGUUUCUUUGGCCAGAUCAUCCACUACCGGAGGAACCAGAAAGCCAACAAAGCAGAAAAGCGGGAAGCAGAAAGAAGACGACAAUUUCGGAUUCCUGGCAAGGUCAAGGAUAGGAAACAUCUGAUCCACGACGAAUUGACGGACCUUACGAAGACCUUCAAUGAGAUGACAGACGAGCUCAUGAUGCAGUACGAGCGACUUGAAGAGAGGGUGCAGCAAAGGACAGCCGAGUUGAACGAGAGCAAGAAGGCUGCGGAAGCAGCAAAUGAGAGCAAGACUCUUUUCAUUGCGAAUAUUUCGCACGAACUGAAGACACCGCUCAACGGUAUUCUGGGCAUGUGUGCGGUCUGCAUGUCUGAAGACGAUCCAGUCAAGCUGAGAAGAUCUCUGGGCAUCAUCUAUAAGAGCGGCGAUCUCCUUCUCAAUCUUCUAACGGAUCUUCUGACAUUCAGUAAGAAUCAGGUCGGACAGCAGCUAAGCUUGGAUGAGAAGGAGUUCAGGUUACGUGAUAUCAGUUCACAAAUUCUGGCCAUCUUCGACAAGCAGGCGAAAGAGGGUGGUAUCAGCCUAAACGUACGAUUUGAGGGACCAUACGACGCCAAUCUCAACGAUGAUGGGCGGCCAAACCAUGCUGGCGAUCUGGGACCAUACGGACUUGGACGACUCAAGGACAUGAUCCUCUACGGAGAUCAACACCGAAUCCUACAAGUCGUCAUCAACCUGGUCUCGAAUAGUUUGAAGUUCACACCGCAAGGUGGAAACGUCACAAUGACUAUUCGCUGUACUGGAGAGGCGCACAUGACCGACAGUCGAAAAGCUUCGUUGGCUUCUAGGCAAAGUUCAGCGAGAAAUUCGAAGAAUCGCUUCAAAACGACGAGUUCAGAAGUAGGGUCAAUGUCGACGACAAGCCCCAACGGCUUUGCAACAGCGAACCACAUUAACGCACUCGAGAAGCCCAAUGCAUACUCCCACAUUAUGAUCUCAGAUCGAGCAGCGACACCACCGCCUGGGCGAUGGCUGGCUUUUGAAUUCGAGGUUGAGGAUACUGGCCCAGGUAUUCCAGAGGACAUUCACGCCAAGAUCUUCGAGCCUUUCGUGCAGGGUGACUUGGGUCUCAGCAAGAAGUACGGCGGUACCGGUCUUGGACUGAGUAUCUGCUCGCAACUGGCUGGCCUGAUGAAGGGUACCGUUGGCUUAAAGAGUGAAGUCGGGCACGGCAGUGUCUUCACGAUGUCGAUACCACUCAAGCACCUUUCGAGUCGCGCCGACAGCACAGCGAGCUCCCAAGUCGACCCUAACUCACGACGAAACUCAUCCAUUGACGAACCCCGCGCUGCGUCAAGGGAUGAUGCUCGGUCGAUUCGAUCAGGACACUCAGUCAAGAGCGGUCCAAGUCCUGUACCUGUCGUCAACGCUAAUACCGCUGCCGCCGGGACCACUGCAGGUCCUGUUGCAUUUGAACAAGACUCGAAACCGCGCUUGGUCGGUCUCAGCCAGCCAUUCUUCGCAUCAAACGCUCCUUUGGAAUCGCCCAAUUCGCAAGCAGCAGCAAUGGAGCGUGUGGAAGCGGAAGCCACCAAGGGUGGCAAGAAGAUCAAGGUCCUUGUCGCGGAGGACAAUACAACUAAUCAGAUCGUGGUCAUGCGCAUGCUUAAGCUUGAGGAUGUGUACGAUGUAACAGUAGCGAAAGACGGUCAAGAGGCACUCGACAGGGUCAAAGAAAGCAUGGAGGCCGGAGAUCCGUACAACUUGAUCUUCAUGGACGUGCAAAUGCCGAACAUGGAUGGUCUGGACUCGACACGACUUAUUCGACAAUCUGGGUUCUUGGCUCCCAUCGUCGCUUUGACUGCCUAUGCUGAAGAGUCCAACGUGAAGCAAUGUAUGGAAUCUGGCAUGGACUUCUUCCUGUCAAAACCCAUCCGCCGACCAGCGCUCAAACACGUCCUCAAGACCUACUGUCCUCCCAUCGUUGAGGAGGAUGAAGGCGGAGAGAAAACACCACCAAAGAACUUGCCAAAUCCUGAGGCACCUCCACUGAUAGCCACAUCAAUUUCCUCUGGUCAAACAAAAGGACCUUUCUCGACGAAAGCCGGGCUGAGCGAACACGUCGAGUCGCCUGCAAUCUCGCCAGGGGCUACCUGA